UAAAUGCUCGAACUAUGGUAAAUCCUAAGAUCUUCCAGUAAAACCUAAGAUUUACCAAAUCUUUGUGGUAAAAGUCCGAAAUGUUCUGCGAUCAUCGCUAAUUUUGAACUUUUACCAGCAUUUACUCGGUAUAUCUUAGGUUUUACCUCAGAGACAUGGUAAAUGUUGAAAAAAUAGUCACCGCCUUCGCUCGCCACAUUUCAUCGUUUGACACGUUAGAACACGCACGUUAAUUCUAAUCUUGUUUGAGAUUUCGUUGUCUAAAAGUUAUUUAUGAAUCAAGAUGAGUAUGAAACGGAGAUUUUAUGAAAUAAUGGACGAGCUCGUUGCAAGCAAGAAAGAUAAUAACUUUUAUCUUAAUAGGGACAAAUACGCAAAGUGUUUGGAGGAAGUAAAAGCUGCAAAGAACAUGAAAAAGAAACAAGCUGUUCAUUACAGGCGUAUAAAGCGUUACGACAUUUUGACUAUAGGCGGCGAAGAAAAACUAAUUGCACCUAUGAAGGAGGAGGAUGGAGAAAUAAGGUAUUACAUUUGUUACGAGGACUUAUUCAAUAUUCUCGAAGAAACACAUGUUGCUGUUGGCCACGGUGGAAGGACACGGAUGCUUAAGGAAUGUAACCGCAAGUAUAAAAAUGUAACAGUUGAGGCUACUAUGACAUAUUUGAAGCUAUGUCAACCUUGCCAAAAGAAACAGAAGACUUUGAAAAAGGGCAUUGUCGUCAGACCUAUACUUCACAGUGAAAUGAACUCACGCUGUCAGGUUGAUCUAAUAGAUCUACAAACUACCCCAGAUGGAAAUUAUAAAUUUAUUUUAGUUUACCAAGACCAUCUUACCAAAUUUGUGAUCCUUCGUGCGCUUCAAACUAAACGCGCCGUAGAAGUUGCAUACCAUCUUUUGGAUAUUUUCACCACUUUUGGAGCGCCGAGCAUCCUUCAUUCCGAUAAUGGUCGAGAAUUCUCUAACCAAGUUAUUGAGAGUUUAUGCUCCAUGUGGCCGGAUGUAAAAAUCGUACAUGGAAAGGCAAGACAUAGCCAAAGUCAAGGAUCAGUGGAGCGUGCUAAUCAAGACAUAGAAAAUAUGUUGAGCACGUGGAUGGAAACCAAUCAGUUAUCAAAGUGGUCAGAGGGUUUAAGAUUCAUCCAGGCAAUGAAAAAUAGAGCAUAUCACGAGGGAAUCAAAUGUUCCCCCUACGAAGCAAUGUUUGGUUGUCCAAUGAAAAUGGGCCUUGCAACUUCAGCAAUCCCUAGUGAUAUGAUUAGAGUUAUAAGAUCUGAAGAAGAUUUAGAGAAGUUGUUGCAUUCGCAUGACAAUACGGAACAAAAUAAUGACGUCGAAAAUGCAAUCGAACAGGACAAGGAAGAAAGCAUUGUUGAAAAUGAGUCAGAAGGGGAUAUAGACAAUAGCACUCUCAACGAUAAAACACAAGAAGAUGAAAUGAUUAUUACUGAGAAAAUGAAGGCGAAGCAAAUAACCGAUGAUUCCAAUGUAACGAUUCAGAGAGAUACCGAUUCAGAGACAGAAAACAUGAUUGAGUCUCAGGAAGUUCUUGUAACUAUAGAGCCAAUACCAAAAAAGAUAGAAUCUGUAGUGACUAUAAGAAACAACGCAAAAUUGAAUUUGGAAAAACAAGCUGAAAAAAUGAAAGCCACGUCUGUUGAUAAAUAUCCAAAUGUGAAAAUUGGCCAAAAUGUAAGACUGAAAGUGCCUGAAAUUGACAAAGCUAAAACCGACCCGAAAAGCGUUAUUGCAGUUGUAGUAGAUGUAAAGGACAACGAGUUUUACCAACUAGGUACCAAAAUUGGAGUACUAAAGCAGCUUUAUACACAAAAUCAAUUUACUUCAUGCCCUGAAGACUUUAUCAAGAUAGAAGAAGUUGUUAAAGGUAAAGAAGUGAGUCUUCGAGAAGUUGUCGCAAAAUUGUCUUUGACCGGAGGACAAGGUUUCAAGAAGUGCAACUGCUUAAAAAAAUGCCUAACGAAGAAGUGCGCUUGCAAGUCAUCAGGAUUACUUUAUAAUUCUAAAUGCCAUGAUAGCUCUCCAUGUUGUAACAAGUAAAAUCCUUUUUUACUUUUAUUAAAUGAACAAUGAAU